AUGGGCCGGCAAUACCUUAAGGAAGUCACUGGCCUACCAGGAUUGAAAACAACUCCGAAUAUGGACGUUUCUGCCAUAGUAAAGGAUGUGAUUGAUUCUAUUCGUAAGGAUGGUGAUGCAGCUGUGAGGAAAUACUCAAAAAAGUUCGACAAAUGGUCGCCGCCGAGCUUCAAGCUGUCCCAGAGCGAUAUCAAUGCGGCCAUUGCCAGUUGCCCCAAGCAAACACUUGAGGAUAUUGAAGAAGUCCAGCAAAACGUCAGGGAAUUUGCGAAAGCGCAGAGAAACUCCAUCAAAGACUUCGAGGUCGAACUACGGCCGGGGAUUCACCUGGGACAGAAGAAUGUCCCAAUUGAUAAUGUUGGCGCAUACAUUCCCGGUGGCCGGUAUCCCCUCCUCGCGUCGGCUCAUAUGACAAUCUUGACUGCCAAGGUUGCUGGUGUUAAGAAUGUCAUCGGCUGCACGCCGCCGAUCAAUGGGAAGGUCCCAAACAGCACCGUAGCAGCCAUGCACCUGGCUGGCGCUGACGAAAUAUUCAUUCUUGGAGGUGUUCAGGCUGUCGCUGCUAUGGCAGUAGGCACUGAGGCCAUUCAGAAAGUAGACUUCCUUGCGGGACCUGGCAAUGCUUUUGUGGCUGAAGGCAAGCGGCAACUGUUUGGGGAAGUAGGUAUCGAUCUUUUCGCAGGACCAACCGAGAUUCUGGUUCUAGCCGACGAGACUGCCGAUGCUUUCACGGUGGCAACGGAUUUGAUUUCGCAAGCGGAACAUGGCCCCGACACCCCAGCAGUGCUCAUCACAACUUGCCCACAGGUUGGGCGCGACACCAUAGAGAUUGUGGAACGCCUCCUAUACAAUUCCGACUUGUCGACUGCGUCGGUCGCCAAGACCUCAUGGGACGCCUUCGGUGAGGUUAUCGUCGUUGAUACCAUGGACGAGAUGUGGGAACUAGGCAAUCAGUAUGCGAGCGAACACGUCAUCGGCACAAAUCACGUCCUUCCUACCCGUACGACGUCCCGCUACACCGGUGGUCUCUGGGUUGGCAAGUAUCUGAAAACCUGCACCUAUCAAGAAGUCACUUCUGAGCAGGCUAGCGGCAAUCUUGGCCGACUUUGCGGACGGGCUGCUCGAGCAGAGAACUUUGAAGCCCAUGCCCGUUCUGGCGACCUUCGCGCCAGUAAGUACAAGAAGGAUCAUAUUCAAUGGAUUAAAAAGUCGCAAGCUGUUACCGGGGUUCGCCUGUGA